CAGAUACUGUGAGAGAGAGAGAUCCGUUUCUAGCGCAGUCAGCACUAAAGUCCCUCACUGCCUUGUUUCGCGGACGGGACGGAGAGUGUGUGCGCGAGCCAUGCGUCUCUGAGCUUCAGCGCUAGCAUGCAGAGCAAUCCAGAGAAGAGGAGAGACACCGCGGAGCGGGAGACGCUGAUGAUGGAGCUGACGCGCCUGGUGCAGAAGAGUGUGAGAGAGAGCAGCUGGUGGGAGAGGAGAGGAAUAGACUGCAGCAUCCUCACCGCAGCCUUCAUCAGUUUACCGGCAGGGUUCCUGUUGUUGGGUUCGUCUCAGCCGCUGUAUUUCCUGUCAGGUGUUCUGAUAAUGGGCGUGGUUCACGCUGUCAUCACCGUUAAAGGGACACACCUGGCCAGUCACGGCGCGCUCAGCGAGUCUCCGGUCUGGGCCGACUUCUGGGCCGUCUUCUUCAUCGAAGUGUGCGGCUCGUUCUCAGCGCGGGCCGGCGUUCAGGCUCACGUGAAGAUGCAUCACGCUCACACUAAUGUGAUCGGUCUGGGAGAUUCCAGCACCUGGAAAAUCCCCUUCCUGCCUCGAUCCGUCUAUCUGUUCAUCGCGCCGCUGGCCGUCCCCAUCAUCACGCCCAUCGUCGCCGUCGGUCAGCUGAAGGGUCAGUCUCCGCUCCAGAUCCUGCGCACUGUCCCGUGUGUGUGUCUGGGCUUUUUUUCUCAGUAUUAUCUGCUCAGGAGUGUGUCGGGUCUGUCAUGCAGCUCCGCUCUGCUGGUCAUGCUUCUGUGCAGAGCCAUGUUCUCCCUGCCGUACAUACACGUCAACAUAUUUCAGCACAUUGGCCUGCCAAUGUUUUCUGCCACUCACCGGCCCAAACGCAUCUACCAGAUGACACACGGAGUCCUGAACCUUCCCCGAAACCCGCUGCUGGACUGGACCUUCGGCCAUUCCCUCAUCAACUGCCACGUGGAGCAUCACCUCUUCCCAUUCCUGUCUGACAACAUGUGCCUGAAGGUGAAGCCGCUCGUGUCUCAGUAUCUGAAGGAGAAGAAGCUGCCGUAUCAGGAGGACGCUUACAUCUCCCGUCUGAGUCUGUUCUUCCACAAAUAUCAGGAGCUGAUGGUGUUCGCGCCGCCCAUCACUGAACUGGUGGGAAUCCAGUGAUGAUGGGAUGAAGAGCAGAAGACACGGGAAGAUGGACACUGACAUGACGAUUCAAUUGGUGCAUGAAGGCAUUAGAAUUAAAGUCAACGUGAAACUCGGCUCACAACCCAUUUUACUUGCAGAAUGUGACAUAUCUAUGAAAGAAACAGGGUAUUUGACAAGAAAAAACAUGCUAGAUGAGACAUGAAUGAUGGCAUCAGCUGGAAAAGAAAGAGCUUUCAGAGAUGAAUGACAAUUUGAUGAAGGAUUAUGGAGCUAAACAUUUGUUCGUUUAGAAUAAUAUGCACUGACGAUUCGUGAAAAGACCAGGAAUGUGCAAUAAGAAAGUACACAGGAUGGUGUUGACUUUAUAACAAGCAAUGCCGUGCAAAGAGAGCCUCUUUUCAUUUAUGACAGUGCUUCCUAUUCGCUUAGCUAAAUGACAUUAUUGAAUGUAAGGAUCAUUGCCUUAUGCACUGUUGUCAGAUCAGUGGUAAUAAAGCACUGCAGUUUUGACCUCUGACCCCAGAUUAGCUCUCAGCUUCAAUAUGCAGCUGUAUGAAGACUAAAAAGAUGCAUAAAACUUUAUCUGAUCUGUACAGGACACACUUUAGCUUU